CCAAAAAAUUACAAUGAGAAAAAAAGCAGAAUUAUCGUCUGAAAAUGUAGAGUCUCUGCUACAGGAACUAAAAGAUGACUUAAUUAGUGAUAGUGAAAAGUACUUUGUUAAAAUUAAAAAAAGAAUACUUGAGUGUUACUUGAAGGAACAUCAAGAAAUUUAUGUUAGUAGUAUUCAGCGUAUUGAAGAAGAGCUUUUUUACAAGAAAAUUAUGGAAAUGAAUCACAUGAUUAGUGAUUGGAGGACAACAGCUACAAUUAAUGAUGAACUGGCAAGCAUUCAAGGUGCUUUAAGUGAUGCUUUAACAAAGCAUAAAGUUCAUCUUGUUACUCUUAUUGCUUCUUGUCAAUGCAAAGAAACUGCUUUGUAGUGUAGUGUACCAUGUAGGACUUUGGCAUAGAAUUAUGCUAACCAUGUAGUUAUAACUCUAUUAUAACUAUAUCUAUCUUUCAUUAUCAUUAUGCUUUCAUUUAGUUGUAAUAGUUUUUAUAUUAACAAAACAACGUAAAAAUGACUUGUUUCAGUUAUUAAUUUUGAUUCCAUCAAAAUGUAGUCUAUAUAAGACUAUGCUGGAAAAUUAUAGUUAUAAUAGAUCUAUGACAUAUUUUUUGCCUUUUACUAGUUUAAACAUAAACAGCACAUAGCAUAGAUCUAUACUUGUAAU